AUGGCCGGAAAGGAAUCGAUUCUCAACCAAAUCCACAUCUUCGAAUCGCAACACGCAGCCAUCCCCUGCCUCACACCAUCAUCGCCAACCUUCGACCAAGUGAGAGCCAUCUACGCGCACCCAGAGAUAGCGCCCCUGGCUAUCAUCCGGCCACAAUCCAUCGAGGAUGUAAGCACCACCUUGUCUUCUCUAUCCGCCAACAGAAUCCCCUUUACAGUCCGUAGCGGCGGACACGACAUGCACGGGCGCUCAAUGAGAAAUGAUGCUGUUGCGCUGGAUAUGCGGCUGCUCAACUCCGUCCGGAUCCACUCUAUCCCUGAAGAAGGGAAAGAAGCGGAGAAAACUUCAUCGACCGCGAUGGUAGGCGGGGGCAUCCUAACGGGUGAUUUGAUUUCCGCCCUGCAGGAGCAGGGGUUUGUGACUCCAGUACCGUCCCUUCCUGCGGUGGGGUAUGUGGGGUGGGCGAUGUACGGUGGGUAUGGCGCGUACAGUGCCCGGUUUGGGCUCGGGGUCGAUCAAAUUGCUGGGGCGAGAGUGGUCGACGCGCGUGGGGUGGUCGUCGAAGCUGAUCAUGAGUUACUGACCGGCAUUCGUGGUGCUGGAGGUGCGUUCGGGGUUGUUGUUGAGCUUACAGUGAGGAUUUAUCGGGUUGAUCGGAUUCUCGCCGGCAUGAUCAUGUUCAAAUCAGACAACCUGUCUUCUGUUAUACCAGAAUAUAACAGACGUUACAGGGCCCUAGCAGCCUCCGGUCUUCCACCGCCACUAAGCGUCCAACAGGGCGUCCUGAACGCCCCGACUCCAACGUUCACAGUCCUCUUCGUCUGGUCCUCUCCCGGUCUCGACGAGGGCUACAAAUGGCUCGCCAAAAUCAAGAGCCUCGGACCAUUUAUUGCUAGCACAGUGCAAGAAACAACGCCGCGGGGAUGUCUCGAGGAAGCAGAACGGCACUUCGCCAAGUCAACGCAGGGCAGCAUGUGGACGAUUAGUCUGCGGAGCAUCACAGACGAAGUCGCCAACGUCAUCGCGCACUAUACGACGAAUAUGCCCUCGGAUCCGCAUAUCUUAUUCGACAUGCAUCAGCUCCGCGUGUGCUCGCCUUGUGCAAGGCCGAAGGAACUAAAGUCUGUUUUCUCGGCGAGAGAGCCGCAUUUUGCAGUCGAGAUUAAUACGAUCGUUGAGGAUGGCAGGAAGCUGGGAGACGCGUUGGCGUGGGGGAGAGAUUUUAGAGAUGCGCUUCGGAAGACAAGCGCGGAGAAUAUCUUCCCUGCGCAGUAUCUGUCAUUUAUGCGCGAGGAGGAGGUGGAUCAUUCCAAGAUUUUUGGAGACCACCUUUCGUUUCUGAGGGGGCUGAAGGAGAGACUUGGUCCGGGAAACGUGUUCAAGGCGGCGAUUUCUUACUUGUGA